UGGGAGUGCUGAGUCGAAUAUCCUCUGAGCGUCUGGACCGAGAGAGACCGGCUGCCGUGUUUCACCUGGGUCGGCGAGAAAACAUCACACUUCGAGUUGGGACGCUCUCGAUCGCUCCAAGUGGCGACUUUAACGUCAGGUUUUGGUCGGAAACCUGCGUGGACCAAGAACUGCGUAGCUCAGAUUUGACACUAGUGAAAAUCCAAGAGCCACGAUGGACCCGAGAGAUACUGCCCCUGAUUCCUGGGAACAAGAGGACGAUGUGGAGGCCACAAUCGACGGACAACUUGAGCCGGCAUUCACAACCCUCAACGUGAACGCUAAACCGUUUGUGCCCAACGUAAACGCCGCUGAGUUUGUUCCGUCUUUUGCCAUGAAAGCGCCCUCGGAAAAUCUCGAUUCCGCUGUUCCCGUGGAGAACGGCGACACAGAGAUGACCACAGAGGAGCCGUGGGACCAGAAAGAGGCAGAACCAAGCGAGGAGGAGCCAGGAGGCGGGUCUUGCGGGGACCGGGGACCAGUGGUGGCUGCAGCUAUGGAGGAGACGGCUUCUGAGAUGAUGGAGGAGGAGGAAGAAAUGCCAGUGCCCAAAGUUCCACCUGUACAACCCGACGCCCCCAAGAAGGAACACAUCAACGUGGUGUUCAUCGGACACGUAGAUGCCGGCAAGUCCACCAUUGGCGGACAAAUCAUGUAUCUAACAGGAAUGGUAGACAAGAGGACUUUAGAAAAGUACGAGAGAGAAGCCAAGGAAAAGAACCGAGAAACCUGGUAUCUGUCCUGGGCUUUGGACACCAACCAGGAGGAGAGGGACAAAGGCAAGACGGUAGAGGUGGGCCGAGCGUACUUUGAGACAGACAAAAAGCACUUUACCAUCCUAGAUGCUCCAGGUCACAAAAGCUUCGUGCCCAACAUGAUCGGAGGGGCAUCACAAGCAGACUUGGCUGUUCUGGUGAUCUCUGCCAGGAAAGGCGAGUUUGAAACUGGCUUUGAGAAGGGCGGACAGACGCGCGAGCACGCCAUGUUGGCCAAAACGGCCGGUGUCAAGCACCUGAUAGUUCUGGUGAAUAAAAUGGAUGAUCCGACAGUCAACUGGAGCCUGGAAAGGUAUGAAGAGUGUAAAGAGAAACUAGUGCCAUUUUUGAAGAAGGUGGGCUUCAACCCGAAGAAAGACAUCCACUUCAUGCCGUGCUCCGGGCUGACAGGAGCCAACCUGAAGGAGCCCACUGACAUGUGCUCCUGGUAUACAGGUCUACCAUUCAUUCCACACUUGGACAGUUUGCCAAAUUUCAACAGAUCAAGCGAUGGCCCUGUCAGAUUGCCUAUUGUAGACAAAUACAAGGACAUGGGAACUGUGAUUCUGGGCAAACUGGAGUCGGGCUCCAUCAGUAAAGCACAGCAGCUGGUCAUGAUGCCAAACAGGCAUGUGGUGGAGGUGUUGAGUCUUCUCUCAGAUGACGUGGAGACGGAUGACGCUGGGCCCGGUGAGAACCUCAAGCUGCGACUGAAGGGCAUCGAGGAGGAGGAGAUCUUACCAGGCUUCAUCCUGUGUAACGCUGAAAACCUCUGUCAUUCAGGACGUACUUUUGACGCCCAGAUUGUCAUCAUCGAACACAAGUCCAUCAUCUGUCCAGGUUACAACGCGGUCCUUCACAUUCACACCUGCAUCGAAGAAGUCCAAAUCACAGCCUUAAUCUGUCUCGUAGACAAGAAAUCAGGAGAGAAGAGUAAGACACGACCACGAUUUGUCAAACAGGACCAGGUCUGCAUCGCCCGUCUGCGCACAGCAGGAACCAUUUGCCUCGAGACCUUUAAAGAUUUUCCUCAGAUGGGACGGUUUACUUUACGGGACGAAGGUAAGACCAUCGCCAUCGGCAAGGUGCUGAAGCUGGUCGCCGAGCGGGACUGAAGCGGACGGAAACUCUCUGGGAGUCCUGGUGAGAAGGAACAGGCGGAGCUUCUUGGUCAUAACCCGCCCACACUGUUAUUAGCGGCGACGGCACGUCCCUGUCACGCCCCUCUUCUGUGUGCCGAAGAUCAGCUUCAGAAAAAAACAAAAAAACUCAUGUGAAAAAGAAAAAACCUGUUUUUAAGCAAAUGACAAACCAAGAUGAUGUCCACACGAGUCAGCUUUCUCAUAUUGAGAGCUCAGCUAUGCCUCCACCUGUCCCCACCUCCCUACUCUGGUCUACUCAUCAGUACAUGAUUCUUUUUUUUUUUCUUCUUUUUUUUUUUUUUUUUUUUCCAAAGUAAUUUUUUUUUCCCCUUGCUUACAUAAAUGACGAUGACAAAAGGCAGAAGUUAUAUCUGUAAACAGAUGUGGACCAGGAUUUUGCUUGGAGUAUAAAAAAUGAUUUUCAGAAGUAACUUGCAAAAAAAAAGAAACCGUUUGAAAGAACUUAACCAGUUGAAACCAAAUGUUUAUCUUGGGUGUACAUGUUUCCCUUUGCUUUUACCCAGUUUUUGGUUUCUCAUGUGGCGUUCUGGCAGCGUGCUCGAACGUGUUCAAAUGUUAUUAAAUCAAACAACUAUGACAAUAAAAUAAUAAAUUGGGGAAAACAAA